GUUCUCGUUCGUCUUCUUGAUACACGCACUUCUCGAUGACCGUCAACGCGAUGAAGAAACCAGAGGCAAAGUUGAACUUGAAAGGACAUGCGUAUGACCAACGAAACAAGAGUGGUGUGGCUGCUCCUCCAGACUGGUCCGAUGACUCUGACUUCGCGCCUGGCGAGUUCGUCGAACAGGCCCCUAAGAAACCUAGAGGUAAGGGACAGGUUGGACGACGCUCGGACGCAACCAAGACCCGAGGUCGUAGACGAUCCGGCAAGGAGAAGGAAGCCGUCUAUGACGAUUAUAAACCUGGUGCAAAGAGAAUAGGCUCGAAAUAUGUAAAGAGGAAGCAUGUCGUUUUAGCAGCUGAGAAUCCUCUGCUAGAAUUCUUCGAUAUCGACCCACUUCUUGCUGUCGAGUCCUCUGACUCGUCGGACGAUGAAUUGACUCCGGAUGCUGACAACGAAAGAGAAGAUGAGGAGGAGGAGGAAGAGGAGGAGGAGGAGGAGGAGGAGGAAGACAACGAUGACUCAAGCAGUCGUCCACCAAGCCCACACCGGCCUAAACCACGAGGCUCCACAACACCAAGUGCUGCUGUUGCUGGACCUUCGACACUUGUACCAAAUAGGAAUAUCGAAACUGUACGACCACCUAAUACCCAAGAAGAAGACAGUGUCACUGAGCCCGAAAGCGACGUCGAGUUACCUCCACCAACCCAAACGCAACAUUCAUCGCCCCCUAAUCUCAAACGAAAGUCUAUUUACAGUAGCCCUGAGAUAUCUUCCGUACCUAUCAAACGUGCAAGGUUUGAAACUGCAGAGGACGAAGACUCGGUGACGGAGUCCGAGAGCGAACUCGAUGAGCUCCAUACUGCUCUGUUGGCCAGCGCAACAAACCCCAGUCGCACGAAGGCAGGUCGAGACGACAGUGAUGAAGACUCUGUGACAGAGCCAGAAUCCGACACAGACGACGAUGAGAUCGACAACACUCUUCGAACCAGACUGCCAGAUCUCAAAGAUGCUCUCAUUCUCUCUCCACCCGCCCUGAACCCCCCGAUUUAUGUCCCCUCUCAAUUGUCCACUAAACUUCGAGCCUACCAAAUAGAAGGCGUACAGUUCCUAUUCAAGAAUUACUCUGAGAAUCGAGGGGUUUUGAUCGGCGACGACAUGGGUCUCGGUAAGACGUUGCAAGUCAUCGCCUUUCUCAGCGCUAUCAUGCAAAAGACCGGUUCCGGAGCCUUGGAUAAAGGUAGGAGGAAGAAGUACGUGAGUAGGUUGCAAGACGGGGUCCAGUGGAAGAGAGAGCGGAAGUUACCGCCCGCGGAUGCUAAGUGGGCUACUGCAUUGAUCGUUGCGCCGAGCAGUGUGAUGGAUUGGGGCCACUUUGAAGUUGCAAAAUACCACGGUAAAGAGCGUGAACAAGUUCUUCGUGACUUUACUCUUGGUCGUCUAGACGUCGUUGUGACAUCUUUCGAAACUGCUCGCAAAGACGGGGAUUUACUCGACUCAUUACCCUGGACUGUUGUCAUUGUUGAUGAAGCCCACAAGAUCAAGAACCAGCAAGCCAAGCUCACCCAGGCUCUCUACGCCUGGAAAUGGCGCGACGACCACCCUAUACCUCCAUAUAUCACUCGACUCACCGAUGCUAUCAAUGCGGCUCGCGCCUCCGAAGUCUCCAAGUCCUCCGCCUUCACCGCUGCUCCCAUUGCCGCCCUAAGCUCAACUCCAACGACCAGUCAGGACAACUCCAAAGGUAAGGUAGACUUGGGCGGUAAGAUCAAGAGCGGAACAGGAACUCUAGCACCAAUCCGACCGAGGACUGGACCCAUCAAUAUUGCAUUGACCGGCACGGCAAUCCAGAAUGAUUACGUGGAGCUUUGGACGCUGUUGGAUUGGUGUAACCCUGGAAUGGUGGGAUCGAAAGCCCAGUGGAAGAUGGCUAUCGUGGAGCCGCUGACGAGAGGACAGGCGAAGGGAAGUACACCGGAAGAGAGAGUGAAGGGACAGAGCGUGGCCAUACGUCUAAGAGACGGACUAUUGCCGCGGUUCUUCAUUCGACGAACGAAAGACAUCAUCAGCGAUCAACUCCCGAAGAAAAUUGAUCAGGUAGUUUUCUGUCCGCUCACCAAGAUGCAAACCGAGGUCUACAAGCGGAUUCUGGCGCUGCCUGCGGUUCAAAACAUGAUCAAGAAGGACGAACCUUGUGAUUGUGGCUCUCGGCUGCCUCGCAAGAAGUGCUGUUAUCCCUGGGAUAAGAAGGAUUUGUUUACUUACAUGUCUACAUUGAUCAAGAUCUCCAACCAUGUGGCGCUCAUCCUUCCCGCUCCGGGAGAUACAGCAGAUCAGGUCGUUCGCAACAAAGAGCUUACAAGUCUCGUCUUUCGCCAGACGGAGCCGCCAAAGUACGGUACUGCGAUGCUUGAAGCAGGCCUGUGCGGAAAGUGGAAGGUCCUCCAUAGCCUACUCGUACAGUGGAAAAGGGAGAAUGCGGCGAUGAAAAAUCCGAAAGACUGGCAUAAGGUUCUCAUAUUCACCAAAUCGGUUAAGCUGUUGAACAUGCUGGAGUUCCAUUUGAACAGCGAAGGAUGGGGCUUCCUGACACUGGAUGGGUCGGUCAAACAAGCUGACAGAAUGCCAAUGAUCGAUAAAUUCCACGAGGACAAGAACGUCUUCGUCUUCUUGAUCUCGACACUGGCGGGUGGGACAGGGCUUAACCUCACGGGUGCAGACAAAGUUGUCAUCUUCGAUCCUAACUGGAAUCCCGCACACGACCUUCAGGCAAUGGAUCGCGCCUACCGCUUUGGCCAAACCCGCGACGUGCACGUCUAUCGUCUGCUGGGGUGUGGAUCGCUCGAAGAAUUGAUCUAUGAUCGGCAAAUAUAUAAGCAGCAGCAGAUGGCUAUUGGUUAUACUGCGAGUCAUCAGAAUCGGUAUUUCUCUGGGGUGAGCGGUGACAAACAGAGACAGGGUGAGUUGUUUGGCCUCAAGAAUAUAUUCAAGCUCGAAGAUAAGGAGAUGAAAACAAAGAUCGCCAUUGACCAAGCUCUCCUGAACAAUUUCGACUGGGCUCUUGCACACAUGGAGGUGGCAAAGUCGAAGACGUCGAAACGAAGGAAGAGUGGGAGCCAAGGAGAGAUUGACGGGGUGUACGAGGUGGAGAUGAGCCAGCCUAAGGAAGACGACUUGAAAGGACUGGGGGCGUUCAUGUUAGAUGACGACUUAGCACCGGAAGUCCAAGAGGAUGAGAUUACCAAGAUACUGAACAACCAUGGCAUCAAGUACACGCACCACAACGACGAUAUUCUCGCUCCCAGUCAUAUCGAAGAGGCGCAGAUCGAGACUGCCAUCAAGGAGAAAAAAGAGCGCACGAAGAGGGCAAAACAAUCGAAGAAAAAGAGCAACGAUGCCACUACUCCAGACGAGCCUCCCAAGCCUGUAUGGCCACCGGUCAGACGCCAUCAUAAGCGGGAGCCGGCACCGCCAACACCUGCAGAACUGAGGGAGAAGCGUCAUCUGGCCUUGAUCGAACUCGGGUACGUUCAAGACAUGGACGGUGCAAACAAGCUCGCAGAGAAGUUCAAUCGACCGGAGCAUGCUGAAGAAGUGAACGAGAUUCUGGCGGCCGUGGAUGAGCAUCUGAAGAAAUCAAGGUGA